AUGAAGAACCCGCCUUGUGAGUAUGGCGAAGAAGCCAUGGAGGAGUCCGACCUACCAUCCCUCUGGGAGACGAAGAACGACGCCGACAUUCUUCUUACAAUGGGUGCCAGCAAAUGGGAACUUCAUGACAAGGCGGUACGCGGAAAGAGCGGCUUGAUCGACCACAUCCUAGAGAUGGUUCAGAUGAAAGAAGGAAUGAGAAAGAUUCCACUGAAGGAGCGCAUGUUCCCUCAUUCAGCUCUGAACACAGUCUUGAAGUACUUCUACUUUGGAGGUGAAAGCCUGAUCACGGAAAAGACUGAAGUGAUAGACCUCCUCUCCUUGUACGAGGUGUCCGCGACACUCGGCAUUCUCCCGUUGCAAGAGAGGAUUGCUUUUCAGGCAGGCUACUUGCUUGGCGAGAUCCUCUCCAGUGGCACUGACAGAAUGGGAGAUUUCUACAUCGUCAUCGAGGUCAUCAUUGCCGAGCAGGACGACUUGUGGGUUUUCAUGCACGAGGAGAUGCAGCGAGCACUUAGCCCCUAUCUCCUCAAGCUUCUUCCACAGGACACCUUCGUGGACCUCAUCAAACAGAACCCGGCAUUCUGUUUGGAGAUUCUUUCCACCGCUGUUGAUCGCAUCGAGAUACUCGAAGACGCUACAAAGGAGGUGACUAGUGUGAAGGGCGCGAGUGACGUCGGCACUCAAGCUGUGAUCGAACAUGGCAGUGGUAUUCCGAGACCUUAUGUCGAAGCAGGAACACAAGCAGACAUUCCGCUGCCGCACACCCCGAAAACCAUCCCUUCGGCCACAGGUGACGAUGACCAGCACCCAUGCUCCGACGAUGAGACGAUUCCUCGGCCCAGAAAGCGCGUAUCCAUGUCUAUCCCUGGACCGGCGAACAAGUCUAGAACGGCGGAGAAUCCCAAUCCCACCUCCAAAGAUGCCAGAGUGAGCCACAUUCCGCAAGACUUCAAGUUCGACUUUCAGGCAAAGAGCUCCGAGGUCAAGAGUAUCUCAACAGGUAUCAACCAGAGCCAGGUAUGCAGUCUUUCGGCGACGCCGAAAGUGGUCACUGGAAACGGGGCUGUUCCGAAUGUUCGCCCUCAAUCAUCAUCAUCAUCACAUGCAUCUACUCACUGGGAGUCUUGCAGCGAGGGUGGUGAGAGAGCCGUCCCGGUCACCGAGAUGAGCAAAUCAAUCACUACGUCUGCCUCUGUCGAGCUUUCAUCGCACAUUGGUGUAGCGCCAGAGUCUCAAUCCAAAGAUGAGAAGGCACAAGUUGGCUCUGGAAACAAGAAAGACACGAUUUUGGGGAAUUUAUCGUUGAAUUUCUCUAGCCAUAUUCAGGGGGGAUGCCUACCAAUUUCGCUGCCCGAAGACUCCGGUGCCCGUCAGACCGAGCAGACUGCAGUUCCCGCCAGUUAUGAGCGGUCAAGUCGCUCAUACGCUUUGAAACGCGACAGCCUCCCUCGAGGCUUCCAGUUCUUCCAGUCCUCUAGUGGACCGCAGCCAGGGCAAUGCGAUGUCUCUACUAGCAAGGCUGCUUCUAGUCACUCUCAGGAAAAUAAGACAGCUGUUACGGGAGUCGUCGAAAGACAGCGAAGAGAAUACGUGUUGCGCGGGUCUGAAGUCACACAGACCGAGGGGAUAUCUGCUCCCGCCAUUCCGGAGCGGCCAAGUCGCCCGUACGGCUUCCAUAGCGCAGACCUACCACGGAGCUUCAAAUUCUCUGAGGGUGCCCAAGGAGAGCACUCCAAAGAGCCGAGUGUCAAAGCAUCAGGCAGUAAGACACCUAACACCAAAGCCUCCACCAGCUGCGCUCAGCAGAGUACCUCUUCGUCUUCCCACACCAGAGUGAAGCCGAGCCCUUGGAAAGCCGACAAGGCAACGGCGAAGCAAAUGAGAAAAGGACGGCUGAUAGUCGAGCCUCCUGGCCUUCUUCUCACCAUCACCACAGAAAUCUUCUCCAGCUCACGAACCAACUUCAACCUCGAAGGGGACAACUUGGAGGAAUGCUGCAAACCUUCUUGA